CGUGCGGCCCUGGCUCCUUCAGUCCUUUUCUCCUCCUGCAGUAACUGCAAACUUAGGUUCUCACCACUUUCACCAUGCAGCACCCUCUCUUCCUCCUCCUCCUCCUCCUCCUGCGUGGCACAUGGGCAGAUCCAGAAGGGUCCUUCACCAUCCGGCUGCUCCAGUUUUCCACUUUCCACAACACCUCCUUUGUGGACAUAGAGGGAUUGGGCCUGCUGGAAGACAUAGAGCUUGGGGCUCUGGACAAGCGCACCUGGAGUAUCCACUUCUAUCAGCCCUGGGUGCGCCCAGCCCUGCCCCGCAGUGACUGGGACACCAUUGAGAACAUGAUAAAAAUCUACCUGCAGAAGUUCAGCCAUCUGAUCAAUGAUGGUGCUAGUGAGAGGGAUGUGCCCUACCCUUUUGUGGUCCAGUGCAUGGCAGGCUGUGAGCUAUAUCCCAACAGGACCUCCCGCGCCUUUGCCUAUGUGGGCUAUAACGGCCAGGACUUCCUCAGAUAUGAUGUGGACCAUGGCAAGUGGAUCCUCUAUCAAGACACCGAUCUGUCACGGUAUGUCCAGGCCACUCUCCAGAACUACACCGCAUUCAGUGAGCUGAUACAAGUCCUCUUCAACGAUACCUGUGUCGAUGACAUGGAGUUGUUACUACAGUAUGGGAAGGCAGCUCUGGCGAGACAAGAGCCACCCGUGGCCACUGUCUUCGCUCGUACACCUGGCCCAUCCCAGCUCCUGUUGGUUUGCCAUGUCACUGGCUUCUACCCGCGGCCCAUCAGUGUGGCCUGGCUUCGGGACGGCCAGGAGGUGCUGCCAGGCCCGACGCUCACCACUAGUGCCAUCUUGCCCAACGCUGACCUCACCUACCAGCUCCGCAGCGUCCUGGCUGUGAACCCUGGUGAUGGGCACAGCUACACCUGCCGUAUACGCCACCGCAGCUUGGGUACUCGCAGCCUCCUCAUCCCGUGGGGGAACUCGAAGGUUGUGCUGAUCUCGGGGCUUGUGGCUGCUCUUUCGGCAGGUGUGACUGUGGCUGCCAUCGUGGUGCUUUGGAUCUGGAGACGUAGAAAGUACCAGAAGAUGGAGGAGUCCGAGCCCAGGAGCUCCAUCGUGAGUAAUGAAGCUUAGCCCAGGAGACAGCAAACAAUCGCCUUUUGAUUCCACCACCCUCAUGAAGAUAAAAUCUCUACCUUGUUCUGCUGCAACAAACCUCUGGGCUCUGCCAGAAGUGAGAUUGAUUUGGAGCUCCAGUGGGAAAACCUGGGCAGGUCCUGACCUGUUUCAAUUUGCUAAAUAGACAGGCUCCUUAUAGAUAAAGAUAUAUAUAUAAAGAUCCCUUACCUCAUGGAUCUGCCUGUGCACCUGCUGAAAGUUUUUAAGGUACACCAGUUCCCAGUGGCAAUUUCUACUAGUUCUGGUAUAACAAUAUAUUUAGGCAGUAAGCUGUGUCCUUCUAUUCUCACUUUCUAUUACCUUUUUUUGUUUUUCUUUCUCCCAGAGACUGCCUUUCUAAACUAUAUUCCAGAAAUAUUUAUGCUGAACCUGAAUUAUGGCAUGCAGACUAACACCACUUGGCCACAAACCAUGUUUGAAAGCAUUGAGUAACACUGAAACUGAUGUAAUCUGUGGAAGUGGCAAAUGUGUAUAAA